UUACGUAAAUACGUCAUCGCGUUGCUGAGCGGCUUCUCCCAGCGGCAGCGAUGGAGGUGGACGCGGAUUUGGGAAUUGGUAAUGGCCCCGGAACCGGUGAUCCAGGGCCAGGUAGCGGCCCGUCACCCGGGGAUCCCGGGCCUGACGGCAGGCGAGCCCCCGGGGAUGUGGAGCCCCAGCUGGCGGCCACGGGAGAGCCGAGGCCUCCUGUCCCAGCCUCUCCAUCCUCUGCAGCAUCUCCCGCGCAGUCCCCGGCCCCGGGCAGCCAGCGGCUCCUGUUUGUGGAUGACCUGGUGUCCGGCACCUACAAGGGGGCCUUGAGGCACGGCAUCGUCGGCCUGAUUCACGGCGAGGUCAGCAGCGGCGAGAGCUCGGACACCGACGAAGAGGGCACCGGCCGGGAGCGGCCUCUCAAGAAGGGCUAUGUCCGGGUGCAGUGGUACCCAGAGGGUGGCAAGCAGGACGUGAAGGAGAUCAAGCUGAAGCUCGAAGACCGUUCACUGAUGCCACGUGACCUGGUUCGACGUAUGGGAAAAAAUGCUGAUAAUCAAUGUGGAACAGUGAUUGAUGUGAAUAUGGAGUGCACCUUGAAGAUUCUGGGAACAAAUUACAUUCUUCAUCCAGUCAACAGCAGAGACUUGCAGCAUAUUUGGCCAUUUGUCUAUGGUGAUUACAUAGCCUUUGAUUGCUGGCUAGGAAAGGUUGACAACAUUGUGGCCCAGCUUAUCCUAAAACUAUCAAACGGAGCCAGAUGCUCAAUGAGUACCAGUGAUGGCAGUAAGCUUGUUGAUCUUUGUCCCCAUGUCAGUGACUCGAAGUCUCUGACCUACUCGCCUGUCCCUCGAACCAAACUUAAAAUUCAACCUGGUAGCCAAGACACCUUCAGCGAGGGGCAGUUCUUCGAUGAAUCCUAUGGGUUUUAUCCAGGACAGAUGUUGUUUGGAGCAGCUAAAGUUUUCUCCAACGUCCAAUGGCUCUCUGGUGUUCGACCUGUACUGAGCAAAAAGAGCAAGUUUAAGGCGGUAGUUGAAGAGGUGCAAGUGGUGGAGCUUCGAGUUUCCUGGAUAACAAAGAGCUUUUGUCUUGGUGGAAAUGAGAGUGUUUAUCCUCCAUCUCCAGUUAUCACACACGACAAUUUGCCCAGGGUGAAACGCUUGAACUGUUAUGACCAUGCUCGCAUGGUCCUGGCAGAACGGGCUGUAUAUGUGCUCCCGGGAGAUCCUGAAUGUACGGCUAUUUCUUCGGAGGGUCCAGAAGGAAAUUCCAUCAUUGCUGUGAAUUCUGUUGUCAGAAAGGUUAAACGCCUUUUUGACAAGGAGAAGGUGAAAAACAUCUUGAAUAAUUUGGAUACCCGUGAAAUGGAUCAUUCUGACAAGUUUGCAGUUGCCUUGGGUGAUGGCUCUGUCAUGGUCACCUCGAAUGUUUUUGGGAUCGGUAGCUCUAAAUCGAAUUUAGGUUGGGAGGGCACGCCUCAACUUGCCAUAGGAUUAAAAUCCCAACCUGUAAAUGGGACUGUAGAGAAGGAAUCUGUUCUGAGCAAUGGCCCAGUCUUCACUAAUGAUAAUGCUCAGACUCAGUUGGAACAAAGAGUAAAAGAGGAAAACUGGAAGGAAAUGGGUCAGUCUCCAGUGAUACUAGGUGAAGACUUACUGGAGAGUAGACAGACUCUAAAGGCACAGCUGGCAGAACAGGAUGCAGAUGAUGAAGGUGCUGAAGAUACUGAUGAAACCAGUUCCAUUUCUUCUUCUGCAAGUUCAACUGCAUCAUCACAAAGUGGUGGACACGGGCGUAAAAAAAGUAUCCCACUUUCUAUAAAAAACUUGAAGAAGAAACACAAGAAGAAAAAGAACAAGCCUUCCCGUGAAUUCAAACCAGGUGACAGAAUUGCUGUUGAGAUUCUGAAAACCAGCACCAGUGUGGAUGUGAUGUGGCAGGAUGGUACAGUGGAGAAAAAUAUUCGAUCCAAUGACUUGCUGCCAGUUCAUCACGUAGACAAUAACGAGUUCUGCCCUGGAGACUUUGUGCUGGAUAAACGUGCUCAAGGACCUCAGGAUGUUGGCGUGUAUGGAGUUGUGCAGUCUGUUGACCACAUUGGACGGACAUGCUCAGUGAAAUGGUUCAAACCAAAGGCAAAUGGCACGGAGAUAGAGAUGUUGGGACGCGAGGAAGAUAUUAGUGUUUAUGACAUUGCUGAUCAUCCGGAUUUCCAUUUCCGCAUCACUGAUAUCGUAAUCCGCAUUGGGAAUGUGGAGGAAGGGCGAACAUUGCUGAACGACAAUGAGGAGCCUUCUGUCGGUCAGGUGUCGCGUGUUGAUAUUAGUGGGAAGGUUGAAGUGGUCUGGGCAGAUAACUCCAAAUCCAACAUACUGCCUCAGCAUCUGUAUAAUGUUGAGUCUGACAUUGAAGAAUCUGACCUGGAUUCUUUGGAUGGCACCUCUACUGGAGCAACAUCUGAUGAGUGGGAAGAUGACAGUGAUAGUUGGGAAACAGAUGAUGGUGUGACUGAAGAUGAAAUUGUAAAGGGAAGUGAAGCGCUUGAAGUUGGAAUAGAGGUUACAGCACAAUCGGAAGAGAGUAAGACUGAAUCAGAGCAGGCUCAGGUUGCUGGAGCAACUUCAAGUAGCACAAAUCUUGAGAAAGUUGCAAAGGAUGGUUCUCCCAAAGGUUUUCAUGAGAUAAAAGAAGCAAUCAAGAUUUUGGAAAGUCUAAAGAAUAUGACAGUAGAACAGCUGAUGACCGGCUCUGCUACUUCCCCGACAGUAGAGCCAGAAAAGCAAACGAAAGAUAAGAAAUUCAGAGAUGAUAUCAAGAAACUGCAGGAGACUCUUCAGAAGACACUGGACAAUGUGGCCAUUGUGGAGGAAGAGAAGAUGGAGGCUGUUGUGGAAACUGAGAAUAAAGAAGAAAAGCUUGAGAUGCAGACUCCUAUCAAAUCAGAGUGGUCCAGUGAUACGCCUGUACUUUGUCAACAGAGCAGUAAGCCUGGUGUGACUUUCACAAGUGCAAAAGGAGAAGUCUUCUCAGUGUUGGAGUCAGUGCCUGAGAGCCAUGCAUUCAAAAAAAUGGAAUUUCAACCAGCAGAUUCAAAAAAGUUUUUCAAUACAGUGAGAAAAGAGAUGGCACUACUUGCUACAGCACUUCCUGAUGGUAUCAUGGUGAAAACCUUUGAGGAUAGAAUGGAUUUGUUCUCUGCUUUGAUCAAAGGCCCAACACGCACUCCCUAUGAUGAUGGGUUGUUUCUCUUUGAUAUCCAGCUUCCCAAUGUUUAUCCUGCAGUUCCACCGCUUUUCCGUUAUAUUUCUCAAUGCAGCGGCCGUCUCAACCCUAACCUGUAUGAUAAUGGCAAAGUCUGCGUGAGUCUGCUGGGCACCUGGAUUGGAAAGGGAACUGAGAGGUGGACAAGUAAAUCCAGUCUCUUGCAAGUGCUGAUAUCGAUCCAAGGUCUGAUCCUAGUAAAUGAACCCUAUUACAAUGAGGCUGGAUUUGACAGUGACCGUGGUCUUCAGGAGGGUUAUGAGAAUAGUCGUUGUUACAAUGAGAUGGCCCUUAUAAAACUGGUGCAAUCUAUGACUCAACUCAUUCAGAAACCUGUGGAAAUUUUUGAACAAGAAAUAAAAGAGCACUUCUACACCAAUGGGUGGCGACUUGUCUACAGAAUGGAGUCUUGGCUGGAAGUCAAUGAAAUGAUCCAAAGAAGCAUUGAACUUGGCAAUAAUGCUGACGAUGAGUCUAUUCAGAUCUCCUCUGAUACGGCAGACAGUCGAGUGGAUGGUCUGUCUCCAUCUGCAGCACAAAGUGUUGUUGAAUCUGCUCAAGCUGCUAGGGAGCCUGGGAUAGAAAAUUCUGAAGAUCAUAUGAGUAGUAGGCCACAGACGUUGUUAGCAGAAGCAGGUUCAGAUGAAAAUAUCUGUCUGGAGACUGAUUCUACUGAGCAGCAACCUACUGAAGCUUGCUCCGUAACUCUGGAGCAGAAGGGAUCAUCAUCACAAGCUAUUGUCAGGCCAAAAAAAAGGCGAAAGAGUUAUAGGAGCUUCCUUCCAGAAAAACGUGGUUACCCUGACAUAGGUUUCCCACUCUUUCCCCUCUCCAAAGGGUUUGUAAAAAGCAUCUGUGGCUGCCUGCAGCAGUACAAGGCUACCUUAAUUGAGUCUGGAAUUCCAGAGAAAAGAGAGGAGAGAUGAGCACCGAAGCUAUGCUACAGGUUUACAAAGUUUUCUAGACUUUUGAUAAUUGUGUAAUAUUAAAGCAAAGAGUCAUGAGCAAAUCAAGGCUGCUCACUUUUUGUAUAUGGAUUGGAGUAAGAUGAAUAAACAUCAUGUCAGGGGAAAAGAAAGCCCAGCCUGAGCAUUUUAAAGCAUGAUACAUAAGGUGAACUGCAUCUCUGGCCUUAGAAUGGCUGCAAACUGAUGCCCAUAAAAGAUGUAAAAAUUACUUGAAUGUUUCACUCAAUAACAUUAAAUCUGAAUUUGUAGCUUGAGAUGUAUACAGUAUUUAAUCCAGAUUUAAAUGUCUACAGGUGUGGGCUUGAUUUAAGUUCAGAGAAUGCUUGAUUGCUUCAUAUUCAUGUAGAAAAUGUUUCUAAGUGUGUUUGUUUUUUUUAAUUUAUUUUCAGUUGCCUUAUGCCAGUGUAAUAUACAGCUUUACAAUUAAAUUUAAUUACAAUGAAACGAUGUCACUGGAUAAGGGUUUUCACAUCUUGGCUUCAUUCAGUACUAUGUCUACAGAUACUGCCCAGUAAUAACAAAAUAAAACAAAGUAUGCUGAGUUGGCCGUGCAUCUAACUCCGUUAACUGCAUUGACAGAACCCAUGCCGAAUAAAAGAAAGUAGCUCUAUUGUAUGAUGUAACAUGCAGUUUGGUCAUUGAAAGUAUAAUGUUUUGAUUUGUAAAAUUCUCAACAUUUCUCUCUUUUAGGGUCUAACACUGAUCUGCUAAUACACUGAUUUAUAGCAGUUGGGUGGAUACAAAUCUAUUUGUUGCAUUAUAAGGGGCUUUUGCUGGUCUUUUGCAUGGGGUAUGACAUUUUUUUAAAGCAGGAUAUUCUUGGCAAUUUUCCUAUGAAUCUGUUGUGUUAAUAUACAUGUAGAUUUGAUUUGAUUUUCCUCAGUGGAGUUCAAUUGAAAUUUUUGAUUAACAGCCUUGUAGUAGCUCCCCAUUGUGUAAAUGCAUUGUGGAACAUCUGUCCAAAGCAAUUUCUACUCCCUUAAAAAUAUUUCCCUUCCUUAUGUCCAUCCUUUCUUUAAAACAUGCAUAUUCCAAGAAUAUUGGCUUCUAACUUCAUCCUUUGAAUACCCCAGUGUUCCAAUCUUGGUUCCUUUUCCUUUCUCAUUUGCCUGCUGCCCUUAAGCCCUUGGCCAUAGGCAGCCUUGAAAUUUAGCCAACAACAUUCAGCUUUACCCAUAUUUCACUUGCUUUGUUUUUGUGAUGAUCUGUCAGGUCAAGGUGCGUAUUUGGCAUUGUCCAAAUGAGCCAAACUUCUAAUCACUUUAUUUAUCAGUUGUAAUUUCAAGCACUUCCCCCUUAAUACUCUUGCUGCACUAACAGUGGCAGGUCAAAUUUUUAAGAUGACUUAAACGUAUAAGGCUUUUGGUUUAUAAAUUGGGGAUUAGAAGAUAAAAUGGCGAUGAUGCUGGAACUUUGUAAGUCAUUUUUUAGGCCUCAUUUGGAGUGUUGUGGUUUUAGACAUCACAUUUAAGGAAUACCUGGGUCCAGAGGAGAUUUACAGUAAUAAUACCUGAGUUUAAGGAAUUCAGUUAUAAGGAGAGGUUGGAAAAUUUAGAACCAUUCUCUUUGGAAGAGAGGUACCUUUUAAUUGCGAAAAUCUCAAAUGUGGAUUUGAUAAAUUAGAUCAAGAAAAACUGUUAACUGAGUCAUUCGUCAGAAAUCCCAGAUUCAUUCUUUUCAUGGACUAGUCAGGAUCUGAACUGUUCUUAUCCGGAAACAUGGUCCAUAAGACAAUGAAAUGUAGGGGCUGAAGUAAGCUUUUUGGCCUGUCAAAUCAACUCUGCUUUCAUUGAGAUCCUGGCUGAUCUGAUAAUCCUCAACUCCAUUUUCCUGUCUUUUCCCCAUAAUUCUAGAUUCAUUUCAAUUGAAAUGCUGUCUAUUUUAGCCUUGAAUAUACUAGAAUAUACUAUACAGCCUCUAUAGUUUUCUGUAGUAUAGAAUUCCACAGAUUCACUUCCCUUAAGAGGGGAAUAUUUUUUCAUCACUUUCUUUAAUGAUCCUUACUCUGAGGUUAUGUCCCCUGGUUCUUGAUGGUCUCAAUAAGGUUGUCCUUCAUACUUCUAGAUUCCAACAAGUCCAAUCUAUUGAGCCUCUCCUCAUAAGACAGUCCUCCACACCUGGUACCAACCUUUUCUGGACUGCCUCCUGUGCCAGUGUUUCCUGUGUUCCACUGCUUGUGAUCUGAGUAGUGCCUUGUAUAGUUUUAGCAAAACCUUCCUAUAUUUAUACUCCAUUCAAUUUGAAAUAAAGACCAACAUUCUAUUUGUCUUCUUUAUUAUCCGCUGAACUUGAAUGUUGGCUUUUUGUGAUUGAUGCACAAGCACCUCCCAAACCACCUCUGUUGCAGCAUUCUAUAAUAUUCCACCAGUUUUUAAAAAAUCAGCAUCUCUAUUCUUCUUUCAAAAGUGCAUAACUUCACAUUUUCUCAGAUGAUAUUCCAUCUGCCAAGGUUUUACCCACUCUCUUAAUGUAUCUAUAUCUCUCUGCAGAAUCUGUUAUCCUUGCCACUUGCCUUUCUGCCUAUGUAUCAUGCACAAACUUAGCGACAAUACAUUUAACUCUGUCAUUUAAGUCAUCAAUAUGUAUUGUAAAUAAAUGAAGCCCCAACACAUCCUGUGUCAUUUCACUAGUUAGAGGUUGUUAUCCAGAGAGAGCCCCUUCUUAUUCCAACUCUGUCUUGUGUCCAUACUAAUAUACUACUCCCAACAUCAUGAGCUCUUAAGUACUCUAUGUGCAGUACCUCAUCAAAUGCUUCUUUGAAACGUAAAUAUAUUGCAUCAACUUGUUUCAUAUUAUCGAUCCUGCUUGUUACCACCUCUAGUACUUUAAUAAAUUUGUCAGGCAUGAUUUCUACUUCA